AAAACGGCAGGCUAGUAGUCCUAGAGAGGCUGCAGAAGGGCUCCAGGGAGGUCCCCAACAUGCUGCUGCACAUUCCCUUUUCCGCCUAGGAAAACUGAAUGUGCUUUUUGAGGAUUUAAUGUCCUUCUCCUCCAGCAAAAGAAGUGAAGCUGCAAAGGGCCCUGAGAAGGUUUCCUUCAGUAAAAGAGCGGUGGUGAACAAGAUGGCAGCCCCUUCAAGCGAAAUGGCAGACCCUGGCCUUCUGUUGCAGGCUCAAGUGAAAAUGGAGUCUCAGUGCCAAGGGGAUGGCGCUGCUGUUGAAGAGAAUGGAAAAUCCCCCUUCAUAAUCCAGCCAGGAACCGCAGAGGAGCUCUCCAAAGUCAAGCAGGAGCUGCCCGAGGAGCCACUCCAGUGCUGGAAUGGUCAGUGGCCGAGGGUGUUGGAGUUGCUGCCGCCUCCCGUGGCCGCCAUGGAGUGGGAUGGCCUCCAGUUGCCUCCUGUGGCUCAAGGGACCAACACCGAGGCCUACUUGGCCGCCUUCGAGCGGAUGGCGGACGCCUCGCAGCGGCCGAGAGAAGAGUGGGUCGCAAGGCUGAUGCCCGUCCUCGGCGGUCAAGCCCGGCAGGCCUGUUUCAGCCCGGAGGCCAAGGACAAGGGGGACCAUGGGAAGGUCAAGGUGGCCGUUCUGCACCUGGACGGCUCCCUCGCUGCCGAGACGCACCGCCAAGGCUUCCGGCACUUCUCCUACCAGGCGGCCGAGGGGCCGAGGGGGGCGUGCCGGCAGCUGCAGAAGCUUUGCCGGCGGUGGUUGCGGCCGGAGAACCAGACCAAGGAGCAGAUCCUGGACCUCCUCAUCCUGGAGCAGUUCCUUUUCAUCCUCCCGCAGGACAUGCAAGACUGGAUCCGGGAACAUGGCCCCGAGACCUGCGACCAGGCUGUGGCCCUGGCAGAGGAGUUCCUGCAGCGGCAGCAGGAGGUGGAGAGGUGGGCCCAGCAGGUAAUUGUGCCAAUUGAGAUGGUGAUCGUCAAUUCCCCUGUAGAUCAGGCUCUGUCUGAGGCAGCACAGCAACAUCCACGCAGGGAGGCCAAACAAGUUGAAAAUGAAGAUAUCAGUUUGCAAGAGAACUUUGUGACCAGAAAUGGGGCUAAAGAUCUGCUCCAGGGAGAAGCUCAACUGGAAGAGCAAGGAAGACGACUUCAUGGAGGAUUUGGAGAAGCUGCUUUCCCAAGGGGCGAUCCAAAAAGAUCGCACGUGCGUGAGCAUAGAUUGGGAAAACAGCCAAAGGGUUACCUGUCUGUGAGAGUGAUCCAGGACAGAGGCCUUGGCGGGGCACUGUCUAACUCGGAAACAAAGCGGCAUCUUUGCAAAGAGUGUGGGAAGGGAUUCCGGAAGAAGUGGGACUUGAUCCGGCACGAAAGGAUCCACACGGGCGAGAAGCCGUACCAGUGCCCAGAAUGUGGAAACAGCUUCAACCGAAAUGCAACCCUCACAAAGCACCUCCUCAUUCACUCUGGGGAGAAGCCCCACCAAUGCACCUACUGCGGAAAGAGGUUCACACGGCGCUCACAUGUCACCAACCAUCAGAGGCGUCAUUCAUGCCAAGGAAGAUCUUGACAAAGUGCCAAUGGCUGCCAAUGGAUGGAGAGCAUGAAAGUCUUGUAGUCGCCUGUUUGUGCUGCAAGGUUUGGAGUAGAAGCUAAGCUGCUGCAGAGUAUGAUGGCAGCCAUGAGAAUAUGCAUUGCUCGUCUGAUUGAUUCUGGUGAAACAUGCCAGAAGACAAGCAACUUUCAGGGAGACCCACCCUGAUCAAGUUAGAGAUCUCUGCCUGCUUCUAUCAUUUGGUGAAAGUCAAGGAAACUGACGGAGUAUCAGAAACAGGAAUGUCACCCAGCUUUGCCUGAUGCAGAAUGAUGGCGAGGAAUUCAGCCUCCAAACUGUUAAGUACAUUAUUAUUGACUCUCUUGCUGAAGGAGUUGGCAUUUCAUAGUGGCCUCUGGCUUGGACUCAGAGCCUACAUUAGAGAUGCUGCUGGAAGGCAGAACUUGGAUAACUGCUAUUUUUGAUGAGGUAACUGACUUUUUUACCAAGCCAGAAUUGCUUUGCUGUAUUAUUGCCAAAAGCUGACUUCCCAUGAAGAUGUUUCAAGCAUGUAAAAGCAAAAUAUGAUCCAGCAGAAAUGUAUUUACUAGGAAAAAAACCCACACUUCAUUCCAUUGUUUGACAGCAAUCAAUAGACUUUGUUCUGCACCCAACCAAAGGAUGUGACCCACUUGAAAAGAGGUGUAGCCUGAAUCCAAGUUAAAAUAAAUGCCAGGUCUUGGUCUGGAGAGAAAAUUGAUAUCUGACCUAAAGAAAUACUGGCCUGGUGUGCUUGUAUUCCUUUAAUAUCUAUGUAUACAAAAAUCAACAGGUUUCACAGCAUUGACACAAAAUUGUCACCUAUUCAUCUCUGCAUAUCAAGCUGUUGUUAAAGGCAAAAGUACACAGUAACUGAAGAUUUGACAAAUCAAGCUGCAAGGAAAUCAGACUGAAUUUUUUAAAAACAGACACACCUGGCUCCUCUUCAGGGUCUACUGUUGCUAAGGAGGACUUUAUAGGGUCCAAGGGAAGUUCCUUUGCAGCGGUCACACAGGACUGCAGUAUGAUUUUGCUGUUUUAAUUAAAUGAGGCCAAACUGACAUGACUGUUAAUCACCUCAUUCCUUUUAAAAAAAAAACCAAUGCAAUGUAAUAAUAUAUUUUGCUGUUUUCCUAGA